GUUGCUCCCCACCCAAAUGAGAAUAAUAAUCCCUGUAAAGAAACAAAAAAUUUUUGAUAUAUUUUCGCUUUGCAGAUCGUUGGGAAAUAAUCUAUUUUUGCCAAAUUCGUCUUUCAUUUGCGUCCAUCGGCGUGUUUCAACACAAAGCAGCCGCUGAUCGGACGCCUUGAAGCUUGAACCGUCCACGAGCGACGCAGCGACCUCGGCCACGAAACAGUCGGCUGCAGUUUGGCAGCCGUUCGUCCGUCCAAAGAAUGCUUGAGAAGGACAGCUGCGUGCGUUCGACACUUGAAACUCUUCCCAACCAACGACGUCCACACCCUCGUCUAGAAUGAAGGGCGCCAAAGCGGUCGAGGUGACCGCCGAGGAUGAAGACGAGACGCAAAUGAGCCUUGCACCCUACCUGCAGACCUAUCUGGCCAACGGAGGUCGCGGCUCAGACGGUUCCCAGCGUCGUCUGUCCAGCUGCUUGCCUUCCCUCUUUGAAAGAGCCUCAGACACCUGGUGGGACCCUCGCUUUGACUCUGAGGUCCUCGAAGGUCAAUUUUGGCGCAGCUCAUUCCCUCAGAUCCGCGAGCGGUUCCAACUAGGGCUCAGCUACCUCUGCGUUGGCUCUCUCCUCUGGACAUGUUACUUUGCCUUCACCCAGACACCCCAUUGGCUCGUCAUCCUCCCUGUUUUGGUGACUGUCAUUGUCAUGCUGAUUGGCGCCCUCAUCAUCUCUCGCAGCCAACAUUUCCAAGGACACUACCAACUGGUAGCCGCUGUCGUCAUCCUGUCCUCCUGCCUGUUGUCCCUUCUCUUCAUCAUCCCCGAGACUGGUGAAUUUGCCGUCGACCUCACCCCCGUGGGCCUCUUCUCCCUCUGCAUGGAACUAUUGCUGAUUCUGUACACCGUUGUUCCGCUACGACUGCACGCCUGUGUGCUCAUUGGUGUCAUCUACUCGGUGGCCUUUGAGGUCCUCACCUUUUACUUCACUCACCCUGAACCAGCCGAGGUUGUCGUCCGGUUUGUCCUACACCUUUGCAUCCACAUCAUCGGCAUCCACAUACUCGUAAUGACCACUGUGCGAAUGAGGGGCACAUUCGUGAAAGUGGGGCAGUCGCUUUUGGUUCGACAGCAACUGGAAAACGAGAAGCAGCUGAAGGAAAAAAUGAUUUUGUCCUUGAUGCCGUCCAAGGUGGCCGAGUGGCUGCUGAAGGAAGGUCACAGCGAAGAGGACGAGGCGGCCACUGUUGAUGACGAAAAUGGCUCCAUCUUGCGAAAAGUAUCCACUCCUAGAUCAUCCAACCCUGGUGAUAUACGGUCUCUCUUCCGGCCGUUCAACAUGCACUGCAUGGACAACGUGUCAAUUUUGUUUGCAGACAUUGUCGGCUUUACUCGGAUGAGCUCCAACAAAACGGCCGAGCAGCUAGUCAGUCUUUUGAAUGACCUUUUUGAGCGAUUCGACGACCUUUGCGCUAGGCAUGGCUGCGAAAAAAUCUCCACCCUGGGUGACUGUUACUAUUGUGUCUCCGGUUGUCCACUCCCUCGGCCAGACCAUGCUAUCUGCUGCGUCGAAAUGGGCCUAUCCAUGAUCGUGGCCAUCCAGGCCUUCGAUAGGGAGCGCAACGAAGACGUCAACAUGCGCGUUGGUGUCCACACGGGCACUGUCCUCUGUGGCAUUGUGGGCACCAGACGGUUCAAAUUUGACGUCUGGUCCAAUGAUGUCACCCUGGCUAACCGGAUGGAGUCUACUGGACAGCCGGGUAAGGUGCAUAUCUCGGAGGCCACAUCCAAGUACCUCAACGACAUGUACAUCUUGAAGGAAGCCGAAACUGUUCAGGAUAUGAAAACCUAUUUCAUAGUCAGCAGAAAGGCUGACUUGUCACCAAAGCGAGCAGGAAUCUCACCCGCACCUCCCAAUCGUUCCACCCUCAAAGCAACAUCCCUACCCAGUAUAUUAGACUCUGAACAAGAGAUGGACGAAGAACCUCUUGAAGAAAUAAAAGCUCUCACCCCUCAGUCUCUACCUGAAGAAGGCCAGGAAGAAACGUCGUUUUGGAAAUGGCCAAUUAAAUCAAAAUCCCAAGAAAAGCUGAGCGAUGCCAAAAGUCCGAUUGCAGUUUCUCCUUCAAAAAUUAAGCGAAGUGAAAAUGAAGUGAAUGCAAGUCCUGUCCGGCAGCUCAAGGUCCCCACUACAGAUGACCAAAUAAGCACAAGCCCUUCCAUUAACAGCAGGAAAGAUUCUGGCAUCAGAAGUACAAGCAGACGCAGUAGCAUCCAGCAACAGAUUUACAUGAUGAAUGGUUUGGCUCAGAAUGACAUGAUGGGACACCGCGUCAGUGGGUACUACACUUCCAGUCAGGAUUCCGUAGCUGACCCAGAUGCUUCUUUAGGAAAGUACAAAAUUGAGGACGCUGAAUUCCAGUGGAACAAGAUUAGGAAACUGUCUGAUCUGCAGAUGAUCCGGUGUGUCCAGGAGCACUCGAUCGACCCGAACGACGCUUGUUAUUUCUCAAAAAAGCCUCUUAACAAGCUCAGCUUGUUCUUCAGAGACGCUCCCAUGGAAAGCGACUACCGAACCCUUGCUCACUGCGCCGACACAUCGAAAAUCACCGCGCCUAACACUCUUGCCUCUGCCAGGCUCAAUACAUACCUGGACCUAAUUGUGGCUCUGCUUGUGUUUAUUUUUAUCGCUAUUGGCCUCUGUGCCCUCUUCGGACUGAGACACACCGCCUUUGUUGUGACCCUUGCCCUGGGCGCUGUGAUUUGCAUCUCAGUGGGGAUGUGGGGCGCCUUCAGGCUGAUUUGCCCAAAGCGACCAGCUCUCUGUUGGUACCCUUGGCACAUAUUUGGCGCUCUUGUGCUGAGCCUUCCAGCUAUCGCAGUGCUCGCCAACUUUCACUGCAACUCUCUUUACUCGGCGCACAUUGUUCAGCCCUACUGUCUGCUAAUGCUCGUCGGCCUGGUCCAUUUCUGCAACUUCACACAGCUUAACUGUUGGAUGAAAAGUUUGCUGGCAGCAGCCCUGGGCGCCUUUUUCAUCACACUCGUAGCACACAGCCCAAGCUGCAACCUCCAGAAUAAUUUUAAUUCGACAACUUAUAAUUCCACCGAGGACGAAUCAGGCGAGCAAGUUCUAGGCUCAGCAGAGCUGCUCUUCAGAAAGGAAGUCUACGUUGACGUUUUCCUGCUUCUGUUACUUAUCGUCCUGCUAAACAGAGAAUUUGAAAUCAGCUUCCGAUUGAGUUUUCACGGCAACGCCUUGGCCGCCGCCGACAAGGCCCGAGUGCAGGCCACCAAGAACCAAGUGGACUGGCUGCUCCACAACAUCAUUCCCCGGCACGUUGCGGAGCAACUCAAGAGCAAAGCGAUGUACUCGGAAAACCACCACCAGGUGGGCAUCCUCUUUGCGUCCAUUGUCAACUUCAACGAGAUGUAUGACGAGUCCUACCUAGGCGGUCGUGAGUAUCUGCGAGUCUUGAACGAGCUCAUCAGCGACUUUGACGAGCUUUUGCACAAACUUGAGUUUAAGAAUGUUGAGAAAAUUAAAACCAUUGGCAGCACAUACAUGGCCGCCUCUGGUUUGAACCCAAAACUGAGAACAGCCAACGGCCACCCUCACCAGCACCUCUUUGACCUGAUCGAGUUUGCCAGAGCCAUGCAAAAAGUGGUGGCUGAUUUUAACAAGGAUCUUUUGGAGUUCAAGCUCAUUCUCCGGAUAGGCUACAACCAUGGUGAUGUGACCGCCGGGGUCAUUGGCACCACCAAGCUUUACUAUGACAUCUGGGGCGACGCUGUCAAUAUUGCAAGUCGGAUGGACUCUACUGGUGUCAGGGAACGUGUCCAGGUGGGCGAAUCUUGUCUGUCGGAGCUCAACGAGAGGUACCAAUUUGAGCCGAGGGGCUCCAUCUACGUCAAGGGCAAGGACAACAUGCGUGUGUUCCUGCUAAAGGGCGAGCAGGACGCCGCCAGCUGACUGCCGAAGCAUUCCCUUAUGUAGUGUUAAAUAGGCUCAUUUUGUAUAUAUUAUGUGCGCGAGCGAAAUCUCAAAAAAGUCCCAUUCAGUCGUUAUUGUUUCUUUUUUAUUUUGAUCACAGCGUAUUAACAGUUUUAAUUUGCUAAUUCAUAAAAUCACACAUGAGCGUAGUUAUUAAUUAAUCAAUUAAAACACUCCGACGGGAUUAUGGUUCCUCAAAAUGUGUGACAAUAUUUGAAAGAGAUGUAUUAAGUUGAUUUUCACAGUGCCAUUGUUGUUGUCAAGAACUUGUGAUCUUUCAAGGCCUUUUUUAUUCGCGGCCUGUCUUAUUAUAUAAUAAAUUAAAAAUAAAUUGACGAACAUGCAUAGCUAAAUAUAUUAUGUUAAGUGUCUGACGGAAAUAUUAUUUUAAAUGCCUGUGAAAACGUUUUAAACUCGCCUUAGUAUUUUGAAUACAAAUUUUAAUUUCUCUUUUUAGUUGCAGAUGAUUUUUAAAAUAUCUUCAUUUGAGAUUUCCAAAAGUUGUGUUGAAAUUAGCGCAGAUCUAUGACGAUAAAUGAUUGCUAUUAUUUAGCUUUUACAUUCCUCUUUUCUCAUGGUUAAAUUUUACUCCUAACCAGUAAGACUUCCUGUUUCUUCCUCUUGUCUUCUUGCCAGCUGGUCCAGCUGUUAUGAGCAUGAUUGAUACAGAAAAUCAAUGUUUAAUUAUUGGUACUUUGUGAUUCUAAAAUUAAGAAAACUGCUAUAUUAUGACAGAAAAAAUUGCUGCAGCUUUAUGAAAAAAAAAUGAUAAAUUAUUCCACAAUUACCUGAAAUGUUGACUAAAUAUAUUAUGUACUUGUGAUUGGAUUUGAUGGAUAAAAGUGUUUGUUGCCUUAUUAUAUUCUACAUAAUACAAUAUUAAAUAUUAAUUAUACUUAGAGCAGCCACCAAUUUUUCACGGUGUGCGUGAGCUUUUAUUUGCAGCUGCCGUUCUAAUUUACUUUAUAUUGUAUUGAGUAUUGAAGAGGAAAACACAGUGAUUUGAAACACACGAGUUUGCAUAUUGUACUGAAAACCUAAUUGUUGGUUGGCUUAAAUUUUUAUGAAGGACGUGAAAAAUAAAAUGAAUACCAAUUCUUGAGA